AUGUCGCUGAAGCCCGACUCCUUCUCCGACUCCAUCACUAGCUUGGACAUGAGUAGCAUGCCGUGUAGGCCUUCGGUGAAAUGGGACCUAGGCUUGCCCGUGGAUUUCGAGGCCGCGACCAAGGCGGCCACCGGUUCGGGCAUCCUCUCGGACCUGGAUUUCCGGCGCGGUCGGCUGGACAGCCGGCCGGACCUGGGCCACGGGGUCCAGCCGCAGGUCUCCUUCCUGAGACCCCAAAGCUACAGGCCUGUCGGGCUCUUCAGCCUGGUUAAUUCCAACGAAGUAACAAUGAGGAAACUUUUACCCAAGAGCCACUUAUCUCGUGUGAUUAUUCGGGACAAUCUCAGUGCACAACGACUUUAUGAGAUGGAGGUCAGGGCUGCAGAUAAGACCAAGAAAAAAAUGAGCCACUUAUAUGACCAUCUGAUAAACAAGUUUAUGAACGACCAGCGGAAAAAGUUGGGGCGCUGGAGACGGGAAUCCUUGAACAUCCAGGACUAUUUGGAUGCCAAUCGGAUGUACUUGUUAAAUCUCUCUCACCUGAAGAGCCAACCACCCUAGCGACUGCAGAAAGGUGGGCUCUAGGGACACAAAAACGCUGGUCAGAGCAGCGCAAGCCUACGCCACUGUAGAAGAAUAAAGCAGUGGACA